AGGAUGGGCAGGGCUGGUAUCUCAAUAUUCAUUUUCAUUCGGUACGGAAUGCGAGUCGGAGCGAGUAAUAUUGCAUAGGUACGUAACGGAGCAGGUCAACCAAUUUUUACAUGUUGUUUGGAAACAAAAAAAUAUAAGAUUUUUUACUUUUUUUAGAUAGGGGUGAUAUAGGUUAUUUUUUGUAAUUAGUUACUACUGAAGAGAUUCGAACCUGGGACCUCCAGGUUCAAGGCUACUAGUAUUACCACUAGACCAAUCCCUUGUUCGUAAAUUGAAUGGAAAACACUUUAUAAAUGGAAAAUAGUGAUAACAUAGUGGGUAAUUGAUUAUAUGAAUAGAUAUUGUAAGAAAUUGAAAUAGAAUGAGCAAAGAAUGAGACAGACCGGAGACAGGACGGGUAGGAAGUAGAUACUCAUGCUCCACCUCAUCGUAGGUUAGGUCGGGUAAUGGUAGGAAUGGCAAUCGGGCAAGUCCGGGGCGAGUAUCUCAAUACCCAUAACCGCCCUGUGAUAGGUCGGGUAAUUUAUUAUGAGGCGCAGGUCAUUGCAGGUCUACCCAAUGUGUAUGUAAUUUAUAUGAAAACAUUAGAAAUAUUUGUUAUUUUCAUUAGAAGACCAAGAAACAAACCAUAAGUUAAAUUAUUGGAGAAAUUGAGAUACUCAUUUAUUUACAAUUUUAUGAUAGCUAAAAUAUGAGGUGAUAAAAGAAAAUUCAUAAUUAAUCUUAAUAACAUUACAUGUAAUUUAGGCAAUAACAAGUCGAGAAUGGGUAGAUCAGGUCGAUGAGAGUACCCAUACAUACCUCUCUCCAAAACAGGUUAAACAAAUCGAGUAAAACGAGUAAGAUCGAAAUUUUCAUGUUGAUGUUGACUUCAUUGGUGUCACAUUGAGGUUUUUUUUUUUUUUUGACAAGUGCUUACAAAGAUAUAGUUUAAGGGUUGCAAUUAAUUGGUUUUUGACGCAUGAUUUUUUUACUGUGAAUUUCUGUGGAGCCUUUCAAUUGGUGAUAUGAUUGGUGAUGGCAAGGGAGGUGGCUCAUGAUGUGAGCAAAGCCCUUCUGGAAGAUGUCUGACGGCUCUCUCCUUCGUUUUUCUCUUGUAGUUUUACACUCACCUGUUUAAUAGGACUUCCCCAAUAAUUCGACCAUUGAUGUUGUUCUGAGUCGCUAAAUGUCGCCCUAAUAAUUGCUAUACGUCGCCCUAACUUAAAUGUCAUAUUACCUAUAUACACUUAAUGAAAAUUGAAAAAAUAAGAAAACCAAACAGCCCUUACCUUUCCCUCGGCAGCAACGAAUCCACAACAGAACCUUCCACCCUCUCCACCCUUUCCGCCGGCGAACUCCUUCCGCCGCCGGUGCUCUCCCCCUCUACCCCUCUGCUGUCCCGCCGCCGGUGCUCUGCCUCCUGGUCCGCCGACGCGCAGACGAGAAGAAAUCCCGCCGCCGGUGCUCUGCCUCCUGGUCCCCCUCCCCCUCUGCCCCUCUGCUGUCCCGCCGCCGGUGCUCUGCCUCCUGGUCCACCGACCCGCAGACGAGAAGAACCGCGCUCGCCGCCGGAGAAGAAGCGCACUCGCCGCCGGAGAAGAAGGUCGCGCGCUGGUCCGCCCUUUACCUGUCGCGCGCUCGCCGCCGCCGGAGAAGGUCGCGCGCUCGCUCGUCGGAGAAGAAGAAGGUAAAAAAAAAAGGGCCGACCGCAGUCAAACCGCGGUUAGACCGACAGUCAACCGCCGACAACGCGCGUUUGAACCGACGGCGGACCGCGGUCAAAGGGCGAUUGGCCGAUGGUCAAACCGCGCUUUGACCGCGAUCAACCGUCGGUUCAACCGCGCGUUGACCGCGGUUUACCGUCGGUCUAACCACGGUUUGACCGCGGUCGACUCAUUUUUUUAUUCUAUUUUUUAAUAUUUUGUGUUUAAAUAAAUGUUAAUAAUAAAAAAAUUAAAAAAUAUACUUAAUAAAAAAUAUAAUUAAUGAUAACGU